AAGCCACCAAAGAGCUCCUUCUCUCUCUCUCUCUCUCCCUCUCCUCCAACAUUUGACAUCUUUGUGGACUCUUUUGCUUCUAUUUUUUUAUUAUUAUCUUUGUGAAUACGAUAGCUAAAUUGCUAAGUAGGGACUCUGGUUACAGAAAGAAAGAAUCUCAUAAUGAUUGAAUGAAGAAGAAGAAGAAGAAGAAAUGAGAAUAAAGUGUUAGAUUCCCAUUUACCAAACUCCCUGCCUAUCUUUUCUUUAUUAUUAUCCUAAUUUCCCUUAUUUUAUGUUUUAAAGUAAAAUUUUUUUAGUGUUAUUUUUAUUUUUAUUUAUUCAUUUGUAUGAUCUGAGUCCUAAUUCCACUUUUCAAUCUUUCUACCUGCCCGAUCUCCUCCUCAAAACGUCAAUACCCAAUUGGGUUUUGUUCCUCUUUCUCAAAUCUCUUGCUUUACAAUAAGAAUUUUUUAUCUGGGUUCUGUAAGAAAAGGCAAAUUAUGUCUCCUUUAAAUGGUAAUGCUCAUUGUAAUGGUACAAGUAACAGUAAGAAUUACAUAGAGCAUCAGGUCUCCAAGAUGGAUACUCUUGCUGGUGUUGCCAUUAAGUAUGGAGUUGAGGUGGCUGACAUCAAAAGAUUGAAUGGGUUGGCUACUGAUCUUCAAAUGUUUGCUUUGAAGAAGUUAUUGAUACCAUUACCAGGAAGGCAUCCCCCUUCCCCUUUUUUCCCUAGUGCUUCUGAUUCUCCAGGUGGGAGCGGCCUUGAUAAAAUGUCUUCAUGCCCACGCUAUUCCAAUGUGUUGGAUUCAUUAGAGUCAUUGAAAUUGAAAUCCACCCAGCAGAAGAUUUCUCCAGCUAUGAGCACUCUACGGAAAUACUAUGGUCUCAAAUCUUCAAAUCACAAUGGUGCAGCUGAAGGCACAGAGAUGGCUGUCUACAGGACAGGGAGCUCAGAUGAACUGACUGAGGGUUUGUUGCCUAAAACUUCACCAAUCUCUGGUUCACCAUACCAGAAUCUCAAAUCCCGGAAUUUUGCUAAUGGUUUAUCACCCGAGGAUUGUAUCACGGUAGAUUACAUACCUCUUGCAGAAGCUGGAGAUGGAGAAGGUGAGAAAUCCAGUGAGAAGUCUGUCCGAAGACGUCAGAAAUCUGAAGCAGAUUUUAGAGCUGGCACACCAGAAAAGUUGUUGAAGGAAGAAAACAGUGGCGGAAGUAGUAAUUUUUCACCUGUGACAGGAAAGGGUUUAGCUAUGAGACCUAAAUCAGCAAGCCGAGCAAUGCUCUACUCUGAAUCAGAGCCAGGAUGGUUAAAUUCUAUUCCAGUAGGUUUGGGAGAUUCUAUAAUUGCUAAUGGACUGACUGGAGUUCGGAAAUCAUCAAGCACGCCGAGCCUGCAUGACCAGGAGAACGGUAAUUCCUCUUCGGUUUGGCCAACUUCAAAAUGGAGUUUGAAAACGGACUUGCAGGCUCUAUCGACCGCAGCAAUCACUAUACCUAUGUUUGAUGGCUUACCAAAGCCGAUAUCUGGACGCAGGAGCAAAGCUGCCCUUGAUUAGUGCGACUUACUGCACAUUCUACUGGAAAUUUUUUUGUUCUGUAUUCUGAUAUAAUGGGAAUGGAGCAUCAAAGCCCCCCAACUACUGUGUUAUAUAGCUGCAAAGGGAAAUUGAAAGAGGAGAACAUCCAGAGAAACAGAAAGGUAAGAAAAUACAGUAUUAGGUUAUUUGUUGAGGGAAAAAAAAAAAAAGCUGCAAGAAGGUUGAAAUUGUUAUUUUUACAGCUUUAAAUUGUCACUUUUUAACAGGGUGUUCAAAUCAAGAUCAAUAAUCUCAGUAGUUUAUAAUGUAUACAAAAGAAAAAAGGCCAUUGUCUUAUGCAUAA